AUGCGCACCAUUUCCUCAGAUCGUCUGGUCACGGGUCCAUCCUGUCGUGCGCUACGCACCGCCGUCUCCGCUUUAUAUUCCGUCGAUGAUUUCGUCAAGGAGAAAAUUGGCUCUGGAUUCUUUUCAGAAGUUUAUAGGGUCACGCAUCGUACAACGGGACAGGUAAUGGUGCUCAAAAUGAAUCAACUGCGAGCCAAUCGACCAAAUAUGCUGCGAGAAGUGCAGUUGCUUAAUAAAUUAUCUCAUGAAAAUAUAUUAAGCUUUAUGGGCGUUUGUGUGCAGGAAGGUCAGCUGCAUGCGCUGACCGAGUACAUUAAUGGUGGCUCAUUGGAACAGCUAUUAGCAAAUCAAGAGGUGGUGCUUAGCGCCCCGCAAAAAGUAAGACUGGCGCUUGGCAUAGCGCGCGGCAUGACAUAUGUGCACAACGCUGGAAUUUUUCAUAGAGAUCUAACCAGCAAGAAUGUGCUCAUACGAUUUCUCGCAAAUGAACAAUACGAAGCAGUUGUUGGUGACUUUGGACUGGCAGCGAAAAUACCUGAAAAAUCUGGUAAAUCGCGCUUGGAGACUGUCGGCUCGCCCUAUUGGGUUAGUCCAGAGUGUCUCAAGGGUCAAUGGUAUGAUCAGACUAGCGAUGUAUUCUCCUUUGGCAUUAUACAGUGUGAGAUUAUAGCGCGCAUUGAAGCUGAUCCGGAUCUAAUGCCACGCACAGCUUCAUUUGGUUUGGAUUAUUUGGAGUUCGUUGAGCUGUGUCCAAUGGAUACGCCACCAGUGUUUUUAAGAUUAGCUUUUUAUUGUUGUUUGUACGAUCCCAAGAGCCGGCCCACAUUUCAUGAUGCCACCAAAAAACUUACAAUGCUGCUGGAGAAAUGCGAGCAGGAGUCAACAAGUGCCAGUCCGCUAAGCUCGCUGGAGCUGCUAAACUUCUCUGCCAACAACAGCGAUACAGAGAAUACGCCCUUCAAUACGACACCUACUGUGGGCACCAUUUGCACUGGCCCCGCUACGCUGCAAAUGCGUUUAGUCGAUAAGGACGGCUUUCGUUUUCCCAGCACUGGCAACAGCUUGAAAUCCUCAUCGGCAGCAAUUGCCAGCACCUCAAGCUGGUCUGUCGAAAGCAAUGAGAACGAUGAUAUUAUAUUAAAGUCACGCGUGCGUCGCGCCACACAGAAGCUAGAAGCGGAUAUAUUACUGCAUAGACGUUCGUUGAGUGAAAAUAUUAUACACUUUCCAUUGCACACAUCGCCCAGUGAUAAGGCGCGCUGCCAUCAAAUGCAGCGCCAGCGCUCCAGCACACACUCACCCACGCCGCCGCGUCAACUGGGCGCCAGUCCGCAAACAGCAGCUGUGUUAAUGCCUGUGGUGCAUGUGCCUGAGCCGCCGCCAUUGCCACCACCAGUGUCCGCGGUGUUAACGCUGCGCAAAGUGGGCGAAACCAUGUGCUUGAAGGAUCCGCAGUACAAGCCCUCGUUAGCCAAGGAUCACAAUGGUGUUAAGCCUAAUCCAUUUACAGCGCUGGCGCAGCUGCGAGGUGUCAAAAAGAUACUUGGAGCUAAUCCCAAGAGCUAUACCGCAGGCGUGGGCGAUUUGUUUAGCAGCUGCUUUGAAAUGUCGGCGCCGUUCUUCAAAGAACUGGUGGCCAUGCAGCAGGGCAAGUCGCUAGUCCCAGGCGCAGAGCUUGAAGCAACAACAACAACUAAAGCAACUACUACAACGACUAACGAACCAAAGAGUCUGCCCGUGUCGCCGCAGCUGGCGCGUAAAUAUAGCGCCAUAGAACUGAAGCUGCCGCAGCGCAUCAGCAAUGCCGCCAGAGCAGCAACAACAACAACAGCAGCAGCAACAGCGGAGAUUGCUACAGACGACUGCGAUGAUUGCAAUUCCGAGGGUGAAGAUCUGGAUGGUGGCGGCAAUUGCGCCGAUGCCGAGUCCAGCAGUGAUGACAGCGCUGUGCGCCCCUCAGCAACACAAACACGCAAAUAUCGCGCCAAUUCAUUGUAUACGCAUCCAUUAUUUCGCGGCGGCAGCACUGGUGUUGCACUAAAAAACAGCAACAGUGAGCUGGAAAUGUCGACGCUAUCGAAAGACGGCAGCUCAACUACAACGCUGGCAGCAGAUGUAGAUUUUCAAACAGCUGCAGAUGAUGUUGCCACAAGCAGCAGCAGCAGCACUGAGGCCGCAACGACAGCAACAGCAGCAGCAGCAACAACAACAACGACAGCUAGCGAUGCAGAUUUGGAUGAACUGAAAAGCGGCAGCGAUAUGCAGCCAGUUAAAAAAAACGUCAUGCGUCGCGACUCCAUUGAGAGUGGCUUCUAUUCCUGCUUCAAUGAGGAGUCCGAUGCUGCCAUCAACAGCAGCUACAGCAGACAGCUGUGCGGCAUUAUGUCCUUGGGUCUGAGCAGCAGCAAUAAGCCCAAUUGUUGCUACAAGCUAAAGCCAAAGUUUGGCAACAAUGAGAUCAACGAUCAUAUAACAAGUCUGUGUCGCUGCUGUUAUUAUUCACCAGCAACAGCAGCUGCUGCAACUGCAACGCAACUUCAUAAUGAUUCCUCAUCCACCUCAUCGUCUGUGCUGCUCAUAGACAACGAUGCUUCGGCGCUAGCAUGCAAUUCAUCAUCGUCAACCGCCUUGGAUUCUAUGGAUGACUUGGAUGCUGAAAUAAUUGCACCGCGUGCGCAUCAGCGACGCUACACUUGCCAUCAUGCGCUGGUUAGCGAUCCGCAGAUGACAGCGCCUGCGGGCACCAUCAAUCGUUUGGCGCUGGACUCGGAUCUGCACUCGUUUCUGCAGCGCAGCGCAUUCUCCACCAAUCAGUUGCUUUAUUGCAAGAAUCGCACUUCGUCCAUUUAUACAGAUAGCUCAGAUGACAUUAGCUCGGAUUCGCUGCUCUGGGAUGAUCGCUCGUUUCCCACAUUGCCCAGCACGCGUUCAGCGCAAAUAGCAAAAAUUGUUGAAUACUUUGAGCGCAAGCGGCAGGACUCGAUGCUGCCAUCGGCAAUGCAACGCACCGGCAAUGGCAGUGUUGCUGCUGCUGUCGCAGCCUCAGCGCUUGGCUCCAACUGGCCCUACGAAUCGCAUCGCUAUUCAGACUUUAAGCGGCAUUUAAAUGCAGAUGCGUUUUGCUUUGAUCUAGACAAAAAGCCCGCGCAGCAACGCAUUAUGGUCUGCGAGGGAGCAGUCAAAUCGAAGCUGUCUAUAUUCGACAAAAAACAGCAGCAGCAACAACAACAGCAGCAGCAGCAGCAGCAACAGCAACAACAGCAGCAGUCUUUGGGUCAACAAUUUGGUAUAUAA